CAGAAAGAAUUGAGACCAAGUACGUACUCAAAGCUGUGCGCACAUGUGCAAAAUGUGUAACUGACAGGUUGAUGUUCAUUUCAUUUGCAGGGUGAAACAUCACCUAAAGCGAGGAAUACAAAUAGCUGGAAGGCUCUUUAAGAAGGCGACUGGAGACUUGUGAGAUUGGCAGAACCUAUUAAGAAGCAGUCUGUAAAAGCAUAUCCAGACAGCUACAUCCAAGAAUGAGGAUCAAAUACACAAUAUCCAUUGUCUUUUUUGUGGCACUUGUUAUCAUUGAGAAGGAAAACAACAUUAUCUCAAGGGUGUCCGAUAAGCUCACCUUAAAGCAGACCCCCCAGACACCUCUACAGCCAAGUGGCUUCUCCCACAUACUGCUGAAGCGCAAUGGUUCCUUUACGUCACUCAGCAAGCUGGACCCUGCCUUCACGCUUAUGAAACGACGCCUGGAGAACUACAGCAAGCACCAGGAGGUGAUGACAAGGGGGAAGAAACACAUCCUCCUGUUAGCCACCACCAGGACGGGCUCCUCGUUUGUGGGCGAGUUUUUCAACCAGCAGGGCGACAACAUGUUCUACUUGUUUGAGCCACUGUGGCAUGUUGAGAAGAUGUUGACACUGGAGACCGGAGGCACCAACGCCACAGCGGCAGCCAAGGCUUACCGUGAUGUGCUCCAGCAGCUCUUCCUGUGUGAAUUCUCCCUGCUGGAGAGCUUCAUCGACCCCCUUCCUGUGGACCAUAUCACCACCGCCCUCUUCCGCAGGGAGUCCAGCAGCUCUUUGUGUGAGGAGUCGGUCUGUAGCCCCUUCAUCAAAGGGGUCUUUGAGCGCUAUCACUGCAGGACCAAGCGCUGUGGGCCCCUGAACCUGACCAUGGCAUCUGAGUCCUGCCUCCAGAAGGAGCACAGGGCCAUCAAGUCAGUCAGGGUGCGCCAGCUGGAGACCCUCCGUCCUCUGGCUGAGGACCCACGUCUUGACGUGAAGUUCAUUCAGCUGGUUCGGGAUCCUCGGGCUGUACUGGCCUCACGUAUGGUGGCCUUUGCAGCCAAAUACAAGAACUGGAAGCGGUGGGCCAUAGGUGGGGAUGUACCCAUCGAUGAUGAUGAGGUGAGGAAGCUGAAAGGGAACUGCGACAACAUCAGGAUGUCUGCGGAGAUCGGCCUCAGGCAGCCACUGUGGCUGCGUGGGCGUUACAUGCUAGUCCGGUAUGAGGACAUCGCUCGGUUCCCCAUGAGGAAGGCAGCGGAGAUGUACAGGUUUACUGGAAUCCCGUUCACUCCACAAGUGAAAUCCUGGAUCCUGAAGAACACCCAGGCCUCCAAGGAGACCAGCGGUGUUUACUCUACACAAAAAAACUCCUCAGAACAAGUAGAGAAAUGGAGGUUCAGUUUACCUUUCAAAAUAGCCCAGGUUGUACAGAAAGUUUGUGGUCCAACGCUGAAGCUUUUUGGGUACAAAUUUGUAAGCAGUGAAGAAAUUUUAACAGAUAAGUCUGUUAGUUUGAUUGAGGAUAAAGUGUUCAAGUUUUUAUAGACGCUGACAGACAUGAACUUUGAGCCCUGAUGCAGGAAAAAACCUUUCUGAAAACUCUGGAAUGACUGAUAUUUAUUGGGGUCUUUUAUCCUGAUACAGAGAGCUAUAUUUUUUCUGAUAGUGAGCUAUUUAAAGUUUUUUACUAUUUAAAAUAGUUUGAUGAAGGCAAUGUAUUGUUGUGCAGAAAAUACAUAUAAAGCUUUUAACUAUUGAAGCAAGGAUGUUGAUAUGUUGAUAUAUGGGUAUAGCAUCUUUGUUUUUGCACUCCGGACUAUUUUCUCUGUCAAGCGCAAACUGUGUUGUUAGCUUGUCCUGCAAAUCACUCCAAAUUUACUUAAGAACAAAUUCAGGAAAGUCCUAAGGGAGACAGCUUUGGGUUUGUGAGCAAUAUAUGAGGUGUUUCUAUCACUUCCAGGAACUUAAUUAGUUGUUUUUGUCCGGCAACUCCGAUUAGCCACACAAGCUGCUUUUACACCAAAGAAACUUGAAAUGAAAUGUGAUGCAUUGCCAAAAAAAAUUAAUUUCUUUGUAUAGCCAUGCUCAUGGCAGGAAAAGGAAAUACUAGUGUUUUGCCAGGUUAUUUCUACGCUUGAGAUUUAGAAGUAAUGUUCCAUGCUAAAUUUAUUUAUUUUUUGUCUUUGCUAAAAGGUUACAAUGACUCCAGGUCUGUUUGUGCUCCACAGGUUCUUUUCCCCUCAGCAGGGGUACUUUUCUUGCACACGUAUGUAGUAGUUUGCUGUACAUGCAUGUUUGUAAUUGGCCAAAAUUUGUUUGAAGUUUUCUCCUGGACUGUAAGGACCCUUUCUGUAAAAACAGAUGUUUACACUGCUACUGUAUGCAAACAUUCCAACUGCAGCUGGUUUGCAGGAUUGUGUGAGGUUUGUCAGCAGGUCUCUUUCUGUUGACACAAGUCUCUUGGCUGGUGGUAAAAAGGGGCCCCAGUACUCAGGCCAGCCAGACUGUUUGAUGAUGUUCCAGUCUGUUCUUUUUGUAUUUUGUUUGUUACAAUAAACAGUCUUUUAGUCACUUAUUUUUAGGUAGGGCACAAUUUCAAAAUUGUGAAAAUAUUGCAUCCGUGACUAUAACAAAUUUGUUAACUUGUCUGUAAGAGUUUUACAUCCAGCUGACAAUACCACAGCUUCCACAUUCUGUUAUCAGUUAACUUUUUUAACAAUCAUAGAGACUAAGCAAUGACACAGUAAAAGGAAGCAAAUGUGGCCGAUCAAUAUCAAAGAUACCCAGUUGGUGUAAAAUAAAAGGACCACAGACGCUGAGUGAACAGUUGCACAGCAAUAAUUAUUAACUUUGUAAAGCUACUAAUAGAACAACAUACUUCAAUCACUGUUGGGGUUUGAGUGGAUCACCAAAGUCAGUAGGAUUUAUUCUAUGGUCACUGUGGAUAUCUGUACCACAUUUCAUAACAAUUCACACAACAGCCAUUGAGACAUUUCACCAAAAAACAAAAAUGUCAACCUCGUGGUGGCGCUACAGGUAAAUGCAAGGGGUCACUGAAGUCAGUAGGAUUCAUCCUCUUGUUACCAAAAUUUUAUGACAAUUCCAAUAGUUGAGAUAUUUUAGUCUGGACCAAAGUGAUGAACCAAUAGACUGAGAUGGUCUUGUAUUGUUGUUGUUGGGUUGUAUUGCAUUGGACUCUAAGGGCCGGGUUUUGCUAGAAAUAACAAUAUAUUCAUGCGUGUUGUCGGACCGUGUCGGAAAUGGAAACCCCAAAAAUUUGACUUCUGAAUGGUGUGGGGGGAGUGGGUUUCCGAAGCUUGUCUGACGUUUGACCAUCAGGCAAGGAGUUCUGAUAGAGUAUACUGGUGCCUUGAGGUCUUCCUGUUAUUUGGUCCAUUACCAGCAAAACUGCUCAUGUAUUUCACAUUUUAUUUG